AUGCUGCGGCCAGAGGCAUCUCGAUCUUCCAACUUCAGCGCCCCAUCCAGAAGUAAUUCCAGAUCGGUGCGCGCCCCCUACGCAGGACCCGUUCCCCAGAGAGUUGCAAGCCAGAGGAUCUAUCACCCCGACGGCCGACGCGACCUGCCUCCAGGCUCUGCGCCUCCCAGGAAGAGCUCUAAGGGACAGGCAGGCGGCUUCACGAACAUGCCCGGUGGCCCAAUAGCUCCACCGACAAAUAACAACAACUUUGGUCCUCAUAUGCCUCCGCCCGGCAAUCGCGAGGAAUGGCAGGAAAGAGGUGCUGCCGUGGGCGUGAGAAGGGAGGUAGACACCGAGGGGCGGACCGUGAUCCGGUCGAUCAAAAAAGGGGUCAAGGACUUCAAAUUCGACCGAGUCCUCGGCGAGGGUUCCUACAGCACCGUGUUCCUGGCUACCGACCGUACUAAUAAUAAGGAGUACGCCGUCAAGGUGUUGGAGAAGAAACAUAUCAUCAAGGAGAAGAAGAUCAAAUACGUCAACAUCGAGAAGAACACCCUGAACCGCCUGACCGACCACCCGGGCAUAGUCAGGCUCUACUACACCUUCCAAGACGAGACAUCACUCUACUAUGUUUUGGACCUGUGCAACGGGGGCGAGCUCCUGGGCGUCCUGAAGCGAACAGGCACCUUUGAUGUGGAAUGCACAAGGUUCUACGGCGCCCAGAUCCUCGACGCGAUCGAGUACAUGCACGCUAGAGGUGUCAUACAUCGUGAUCUCAAGCCCGAGAAUGUGCUCCUGGACGACAACAUGCAUGUCAAGAUUACGGAUUUUGGCACUGCAAAGCUGCUGCCAGACCCGAGGGACCCAAAGCAGCCACCUGCUGACGAUUCAUCCGACGACGGACGGGCUGCUUCUUUUGUCGGCACGGCUGAGUACGUCAGCCCGGAGCUCCUGACGGAUAAGAGCGCUGGUAAGGCCAGCGAUAUCUGGGCCUACGGCUGCAUAGUAUACCAGCUCCUGGCCGGCCGGCCACCUUUCAAGGCAGGGACCGAGUACCUGACCUUCCAGAAGAUUGUGGCCCUGGAGUUCGACUUCCCCGCUGGGUUCCCACCUGCUGCCCGCGACCUCGUCGAGCGCUGUCUCGUCCUGGACCCUGCAAGACGCCUGACUGUGGAGCACAUCAAGAACCACGAGUUCUUUGAGGGUCAGAAAUUUGGCAAGAUAUUGUGGAAACAGAGAGCGCCUAGGCUCCGGCCCUACGUGCCUCCGGCACAGGAACCCCACAUCAUCCAGCUGAACGGCGCCUCCAGCUCCUCCCUGCCGUCAUCUCGAGGGCUCGCGCCGUCGAGCAAUGGCGCCGCCCGGCCCUCUCGCAUCAUCACCGAGCUGCCACCGCCAACGCAGCUGGACAUCGAGUGGUCGCCGGUGCUGACCAGGACCAACGAGAGGAUCCUGAAGCUUGGUGAUCUGCUGGUCACCUCGUCACCGAUACCCAACAGCCCGCACGGGAGGCAGGAUCAUGAGACGCACAAGAAGAUUUCCAGAAUCUUCGGAGGUAGUACCCUGAAGAAGAAGCAGAGGCUUGUCAUGAUCACCUCGAGUGGUCGCGUUGUGCUCGCUCCAGCGGGGGGCGGCGAGAAGAAGGCCAAGACCGAGAUCUCUCUGCUCACUGCGGACUGCUCGUGGCGCACCCAAAUCGACGUGAAGGGGCAGGUUGUUUGGUGUAUCGACUCGAACGGUACACAUUAUCUGUUCGAGCCGCCAAAAAGCUCCUCAUCACUGAGCGUCGAUGCUGGUACCGCAGACGACUGGAUCGAGGCCGUCGAGAAGGCCAAGGAUCUUGCCGUCUCCCAGGAUCUCAUGGGUUCCUACAACAGUGACAACGGCUUCGGCGACAUGUCUUCGUCCAUGUCUCCCAGCCCGGCCAGCACUCUCUCGCGCGCGAUGCAGUAUCCAGAGGGAGGGUUCAGCGUCAAUGAUCGGUCCGGACGGCACCAGUUGAGCAAGAGCCAGGCCAGCCUGGACGACCCUCAGCAGACGAAGAAGAACCAUCGUUUCAGCAAGCGACAGUCUAAGAACGGCCUGGGCACAGCAGCUUUCUGA